GAACAUUUUGGUCGGCCAUCUUAAAUUAACUGUCAUUUGUGUUUGUGUAUGGUGUUUAUCGAAUUUUCACAAUUUUUUGUGUGAGGCACCAAUGGCGGAUCUCCAGGACGCGUUACCCCCUGGUUGGGAGAGCAGAACCGAUUUUAUAUCUGGAAAAACGUACUACAUAAACCACAAUACGAAAACAACAACGUGGGAUGAUCCAAGAGCUCGCCAAAAGCACUCGACCUCUAAACAUGUUGAGUACAUCCCUCUCCAGCAUGGAUCACCAGAUCUGAGAAGGAAUUAUGUUUACCCCAGUCAAAUUUCCCCUAUACCGGCUUUUCAGAUCUCUUCAACUCAAAAUCCCAAGUGUAAUGCGUUGCAGGAACUUCGCAGCAGCUCGCGCCUGAGCCCCCUCACAGUCCGGGGGGCCAAAGUCCAAGACAGCUCCCUAACCAUCCAAUCAGAGACCGACGAUGCCGUUUCAAAAAUCAGCGCCAUGUUCCCCACCGUCUCCGAGACCCACAUCCGCCUUUUGAUGAAAAAGUAUCACAAUCGGGAAGCUCUUGUGAUAAGUGCGUUACAGGUGGAAAAAAACCCGAUCACAACGCCUGGACCUUUCGCAACUCCCCCUCCUCAGCGCAACAUCCACCAUCCUGGCGUGCACGCCUUGCAAAUGACGCCCCCCCUUGGGCUGCGCCCCAGCUCGAGGGGCGGCAGUCCGGUCUUAAGGCCUGGAUCGGGGGGCACCAACAGCUCGGGCUCCCCACGCGUGGGAGACGCCUUCAAGGGGUCGCCGAGGCCGCACUCUUCUCCCAAAUUAAAACUAAGGUACAUGAAGUCGAUUUUUCCACAAGCUGACGAGACGGUUAUUUUGGACGUACUGUAUAAUAACGAAAGUAACAUACAAAAAGUGUCUGAGAUUUUGAUUGACAUGGGUUUCAACCGGAAAGACACCGUGAAAGCGGCUCAACAAAAAAUGGAAACAAAAAUCGAAGAAAAGAGGAUUGAAGAAGUGAAGAAAAAUGAACCACCGCCGCCUCCGCCCAAGAUUAAGACAAAGGAAGAAAAGGCCGCACUGAAAGAGGAAAUGAAGAAGAAAUAUGCCGACGUACCUGAACACUUGAUUAAAAUUGCGUUAGAGAGUGUUGAUUUUAAUGAGAGUCGAGCCAUUCAGAUUCUCGAGAUUAUAGUACAGGAAGAUACUGAUAAGAAGGCGGCUGAAAGCGCAGCUAGUUCUAGUAGCGAAGUCCAACAAGAGGAAGUUGUAGCAAAAUCUGAACUCAAAGUAACUGAAAUGCCAACUUCGCAAAGUCGCCAAUCGAUUAAAUCGCUUUUGAAGGCCGAUAAAAUUGAUAAGGAUAAAACCGCAUAUUCCAGACUUGUUGAAAAUAUGUCACCGGAACGUCGCUCACCAAACAUCAUGAACACACAAGGGCCUAACGCGGAUUUAAUAAAAGGACCAAAUAGCAAAAUCCUUUUGGAAGACUACGUCAAUUGGCAAGGGCCUAACUCAAACCACCGCAAAGGCCCCCAAGCCCUAAGUAGAGGCCCUAACCGCUCCCUGCUCUCGCAAAGAACCUACCAAGCUUGUGGUUCAAACCCAGAACUGCGCAAAGGCCCCAAACAAGGCCUUGCCAAAGGCAGCAUUUUCUCCCAAUUGAAAAAUGUCGCAGUUGGGGGCGAGUCUCGGGGAAAGUAGCAGUUCAUGUGUACUAUUAUUUAAGUCGUUGUAAAUAAGUGUGCAUGCAGUGUUUAAAAAAAAACGGCAAAGCUUGAGGAUAUUGGCAUCGAAUUAUUCAGAUUGAUCUGCAAUUUCACAACCAAAGAUUUUGUUACUUGUACAGUGUUCACAAAAGAACGUGCAUCAAGAGUGUUGUAUGAAUACGGAGGACUAUAAGUUAGGAGACGAUUUUUUUAACCCAAAAAAAUAUGGGACAGACAACCAUUUUAACUACGCUCUCUGGCGACGUUAACGGAACUAUCGAGGACGGGAACGUUUUAUUUGUACGUCAUUUCUAGAUAUCCAUAGUUUCCCGAAAUCACAGCACUCUUGCACGUUUUUUUUAAUAAACACUCGGAGCAAUGUAGUGAUCCAGAAACGCAUCCUAUUUUUUGGAAGGCUGUGGCUUGUAACUUAUGCCGCCCACUUGAAAUACCUGUGCCCCCACAUAUCCAGCUAUAUCACGAUUUCAAGUCCCCUAAUGUACCCCAAAUAUUUUUGUACUGUAAAAAUUGACAAGACAUAUUUACACGCUGUUAGAUAAAGUGUGCAAUUUUCGUAUUUUCUUGGUAGCUGUACAAUGUCAAACGCUUUCAAUUGUACUGUGUCUCAAAAUAAAAUGCCUUCAUGGUUA